AUGGUCAAGAUCAAGACUAUCAGCCGCUCCGAGUUGGAGUGGACAAAAGAUCGCGCGACGGAGGUGCCCAAGGUCAAUCGAAAUUAUGAUCCGAAGUUUAAUCCAAUGGCAAAACAGGUAGAGUUCACACGUGCGGUGGUUGCUGCCAAAAUGGAUCGUAUGUUUGCAAAGCCUUUUGUGGCUGCGCUCCCGGGCCAUCAGGAUACGAUUCAGUCGAUCGCUACUGAUAUUACAAGCCUGUCCACCGUAGCCACGGGCUCUGUUGACGGCGGGCUAAUAGUAUGGGAUGCGAUGAAGCGGAAGCAGCGUGCGGUCAUCAACGCACAUCGACACUCUGUCGACGGCGUGGCCAUCUCGCCAGAUGGGGUCGCCUGCUUUAGCGCUUCGCGUGACAAAACAGUGAAGAUGUGGGAUUUGGACUUCGACCCUGAUGAAGAGCGUAUUGAGCCGGUGGCCGAGUUUCUCGGUGAGUUUCCCUUCUCCUCCAUCGAUCACCAUUUCCACAAGUCGUGGUUCGCCACGUCGUCGGACGUGGUGAACAUCUGGGAUGUCAAUCGCACGCAGCCUCUCCAGCGGUUUUCUUGGGGGGACGACACGGUGUCUUCCUGCCGGUUCAACAAGAUUGAGACCAAUUUAGUCGCAUGCUGCAUGGCAGAUCGCGGUGUCUUCCUGUACGACGUUCGCAGUCAGUCCGCCCACAGCAAGAUUGUGAUGGAGAUGUGUUCAACAUCACUGUCGUGGAACCCGAUGGACCCGAACGUGUUCGUGACGGGAAGCGACGACCGCAACUGCUACUUAUUCGACAUACGCGUGCCUGGACGUCCGCGCAAUGUCUUCCAGGGUCACAUCCGUCCUGUCACAUGUGUCGACUUUAGUCCGACUGGCACCAUGUUUGCCGCCGGAUCGCAAGACGCCUCGUUGCGCAUUUGGGACCUGCACCAGACAUCCAAGUCCGACUCGAUUGAGAUGUUCCACACGAAGCGGAUGGCCGGCGUGUACGCGGUGAAGUGGUCUCCCGACAACAGCUACAUUUACAGCGGGAGCGAAGAUGCGGUGCUGCGUGUGUGGAAGUCCGACGCCAGUAAGCCUAUUCGUCCACUACGCGGCCCAGAGAAGCACAAGUUCAACUAUAUGCGCUCUUUGAAGAAUAAGUACUCUAACUUCGUCGAGGUGAAGCGAAUUAGCAACCAGCGUAAUGCACCCAAGGCAAUUCUGCGCACGUCACGCCGUAUCAAGAAGGCCGAGAAGCGUGAGGCAGUGAAAGAGAUGUCGCGCAUUCACGGCGACAACGUGAAGCCGCUGGCGAAGCGCAAGACUUACGGCUAUGUGGAGUAG